AAUCCUGUGACAACAGUGACGGUACAGAGGGAAGGGUCCAGCUGAGGAGGAGGAGGAGGAAGACAUUGAUGGAGGGUUGGUGAUGAAGAUGGUGCUGAUGCCAGCCAGGGCCUGAGGUUCCCCCCGCUGACACACAGGGACAGGCGGACCGGUGCUGAGGAUUAUCCCGGAGACUGGAGGACGGAGGACAGGGAGGAGGAGGAGGAGGCAGAGAGCAUCAUCCGGAGGCUGAGCCACAAAAGGAAAAGAAAGAGGGGACCUGGGAGAGGAUUUCCGCAGUUGGAUUAUUAUUUUAUUCGCUGCUUGAGGCUGAGAUUGUUUCAGAGGAUACUGGCCUUCAGGGAGAAAGUCAGUUCAGGAUCGAUCCAGGAACACAUGCAGAUGAUCUCCGACAUAACUGACACCACAUUGGACGCUUGAUUCUGUUGGACCUGCUUGGAGAGAAGAUGUCGGGUCAGACGCUGACGGACCGUAUCGCCGCGGCUCAGUACAGCCUGACGGGAUCCGAGGUGUCCCGAGCGGUGUGUAAAUCCACCACACACGAGCAGACCCCCCCGAAGAAGAAGCACCUGGAAUACCUGAUCCAGGCCACCCAGGAGUCCACUGUGAAUGUCCCCCAGAUGGCCGACACGCUGAUGGAGAGGGCCGGCAACGCCAGCUGGGUGGUGGUUUUCAAAGCCCUGAUCACCACACACCACCUGAUGGUGCAUGGCAAUGAGAAAUUCAUGCAGUUCCUGGCUUCCAGAAACACCUUGUUCAACCUCAGCAACUUCUUGGACAAAACUGGCUCCCAUGGCUACGACAUGUCCACAUUUAUCAGACGCUACAGCCGCUAUCUCAACGAGAAGGCCUUCGCCUACAGACAGAUGUCUUUUGACUUUGGACGAGUCAAGAAAGGAGCUGAGGGAGCGAUGAGGACCAUGUCUGUAGAGAAGCUGUUGAAAGGAAUGCCGACCCUGCAGAGCCAGAUCGAUGCACUGCUGGAUUUUGAUGUGCAUCCUCCAGAUCUGGACAAUGGAGUGAUAAAAGCCUGCUUCCUUCUGCUCUUCAAAGAUCUGAUCAAGUUAUAUGCCUGCUACAAUGACGGCAUCAUUAACCUGCUCGAAAAGUUUUUCCAGAUGAAGAGGAGCCAGUGUAAAGACGGGUUGGAGAUCUACAAGAGAUUCCUUACACGAAUGACUCGGGUUUCCGAGUUCUUCAAAAUCGCUGAGCAAGUGGGAAUAGACAAAAAUGACAUACCCGAACUCACUCAGGCCCCGGAAAGUCUUCUGGAGUCCCUGGAGACCCACCUCAACACCCUUGAGGGGAAGAAGCCAGAGGAUAAGUCACCCACUAAGCCGGAAGCUACGGCCAACAACAGUGCGCCGGCUGCUGCUGCUGCUGCUGCUGCUGCUGCUCCUGCUCCUGCUCCUUCUCCUGCUCCUGCUCCUGCCGCACCACCGGCCAGGCCAGCGCCUCGUGCUCCCGCUCGCCCUGGGCCGCCUACCAAACCUCCUCCGCCUGCUGUCACCCCCACUGCACCAGCCCCCAUCACCAAAACCAGCAAUGCCCUUGAUGAUGGGUUCUUGUUGGAUCUGGAUCCAAUUUCCUCCUCAUCAACAGGGGGCGCUACAGCUGCUUGUUCUAUGACCGGAUGGGGAGAUCUCUUGGCUGACGCAGCUCCAGCUGAUGGAGCUUCUGAAGCUCUCCUGGCCGAGGGAGAGUCUGCUGAUGCUGAUGCUGCAGCAGCCCCUGCAGCUGCCGCACCCACAGCCGCUGCCACUGCUACUACUGCUGCUGCAGCUGCACCAGUCCCCGCCUCUCUGCCCAUCUCCGCUCCUGUCACCACCUCAGCCACAGAAAUCGACCUUUUCGGAGAUGCGUUUGCACCUUCCCCAGGAGACGGUCCUGCUGCCGUGGCUGCGGGCCCUGCUGCUGAUGCUUUUGGUGGAUCUGACCCAUUUGCCACGACGGAGGGGAGUGCAGACAUUGCUCCAGAGCUGGACCUAUUCGCCAUGAGGCCCACGGACACGGGGGCAACCGCAGACAUCGCUGCCGCCGUCACCCCUCCCACCUCUAGUGCGGCGCCGACCAUCGUCGCCCCCAUCGCUGCCCCCGCUGCUCCCACCCCUUCUUCCACCACCACUACUACCACAACCACCACCGACACCACCACAGAGUCUGCAGCCGCUCCGACUCUAGAUAUCUUUGGUGAUAUGUUUGAUUCUAUGCCUGAGCAAAGCCCCACCACAGAAUCCAAAGCUGCUACCACUCCUAGCGUAGACCUAUUUGGUGCAGACCUUCCUGCUGUCUCACGCGGGCCCUCUCCUUUGCCCGAGCUGGCUCCGGCUGGAGACAUUGUAACGGACUCGUUUACAUCUCCAGCUCCUGCCGCUGCUGCUCCCCCUGCUCCUGCUGAAGCUCCAGGCUCAGAAGCCUCGACUCCACCCAAAGUAGAGUCGGCGCCAGUCAUUGACCUGCUGGACUCCUUCAGCAGCCCUGUGGAGGAGACGCAGAGCUCUGCUCCUGGAGGGCCCGGAGAUGACCUGCUGGGAGGCCUGAUGUCCCCCACCCUGGCCCCCACUGCUGCUCCACCUCUGGCUCCCUUGGCUCCCUUGGCUCCCUUGACUCCCUUGGCUCCCUUGGCUCCAGCUCCAGCACAGAAUGACCUCUUGGAGUCGGGCUUUGACACCCUGGGCUCGCUGGUGUCUCCAACACCACCGGUCCCUGCUGCAGCUGCAGCAGCACCAGAAUCCGCAACCACUACAUCGGCACCCUCUGGAGGCUUUGAUGCUUCAAUGUUUGAUGGAUUAGGCGGCUUGCUGAUGCCCGCCGUCACGCCCCAGAGCACCGGGGGCAGCACUGCUGGAAGCAUGGGAACUCCCGUCGCAUUAGGAGGCAUGGCAGGCGCUCCCCCUGCCACCCCGCCUCCCACCAAAACCAUUGGAGGGGAUCUGGACUCGUCACUGGCCAACCUGAUUGGAGACCUCGGAGUAAAGAAAAAGGACCCACAGAGUGAGAAGAAGCUCACAGGAGGCGCCAACUGGACGCCACAUGUAGCCCCAACAAGCUGGGCAACACCAGGAGCCCCCAUGGCUGGGGCCAACCCUGGAGCUCCUGGAGCACCAGGAGCUGGUCCACCUAGUGGAGCCAUGGUGCCACCAAUGAGUGCACAGCCUUGCUUUGCCAUGCCUCCAGCAGCAGGGCCUGGAGCUCCCAUGAUGCAACCCAUGAUGGGGCAGCCAAUGAUGGUACAGCCCAUGAUGAGACCUGCCUUCACAGGUGUGGCUGGAGCGGCACCUGGAGUCGCUGCACCAGGAGCACCGCUUUCUCCAGGACCUGCAAGCCAGAGUCCCAAGAAGCCCAAGGACCCUCUGGCAGACCUCGACCUCAAGGACUUCUUAUAAUGCCCCAGGUGGGAGCUCAGCGCUGUACAUUUACAGCACACUGCUUUCUUCUGUGGAGCAGGGACCUGGUGUCCAUCAACAUCUCAGGAUGCCAGCGAUGUUCAGCUUCUCAACCUUAGAGCAUCUUUUCCUCCACCCCCGCCCAUCAACACCCCACCCCUUCUCCUGUGUGAUGUUGUAGCACAAACUGUGAAAGUGAACCAUAGCGGAUUAUAUAAAUAAAUAUGAGAGAAAAAAAAACAAGCUUGUGCUUAUGUAGAUGUAUCAUUCUUUUGUCUAAACAAAACCACACAAAACCCUGAAAAAAAAAAAAAAGUCCACAAAUGUAUGUGAGAGGAAGUGAAGAUGUAUGUGUUUAGACUUCUUUCUAGUGUUGAGUUGAAUGAUGAAUGUGCUUUAGUGUCCUAAGCUCCUCCCACUGACCCCAUACUUUUGUCCUCGCCUCCUUCUGAAAGGGGAGGGGCUCGUCUUUGUCCCACUCUGACUGGAUGGGAGUGGUAAACAAAGCCCCUGUAGAUUUUCAGAGAAACAUUUGGUGUGUUGUUUACAGAACGGUCCUCUUCGAUGUACAUAAACUUCUCUGGCGAGGAUUCUGUCUCUAUUCUGUGUGUCUGUUGAAGAGAAAUAUAAAUGUGAAUCUGACAUGAAAUUGUAAGAAGUUGUGUGAGUAUCCUUCUAUUUCCCGUCAUCAUCCGAAAGUAUUUGGAAAUUCAAACAUGAAUACCGCUGUAUGAUUAAUAUUCUGUAUAUUAAGAAACAACCUCUGCAGGCUUCUGAAUCUUACUGGACCAGCAAGUGAUCCUUUCAGUUUUUCUUUUUUUUUUUUACUCGUUGUCUCUUUUUUGUCUUUCCUGACUUAUUUAUAUCUUCUGUUCUUUUAGAAUAAUCCUCCAGUCUGAUGUUGAUAUUUGCUGGCACUGCUAAGAAAAAAACAUCCUGGUCAACUUAGUUCCAGAGAAAAUGUUGAUUAAUUCAUGAUAAAGAUGGAAUUAAACUGCCCUUCAAUGUAACUGUACAACUGUCGAUAUAAGUGUCUACCUAUGAUAUUGACACUUCUCAUGUGGGUAUGUCUUCUGCUUGUGUUUACAUUAUAACUUAUAAAGAACAAGUAAGUAUGGUUAUUUUGUAUCUCAUAGAAUAUCCCAUUGUCAUACCAAACUCUAUGUUCAGACAGUUCAAAUUAAAAUAUGAUACGAUGUUUAAAAGGACAUGAAAUGCAGAGACAAACAACCAAACAUUGCUAUAUAGUGCCUCUAGUGGUCAUAAAACCCACAGAGUUCCUUUAAGAUCCAUGUUGCACCCAAUCCUGUCGGACCAAAUGACAGUGUGGGUGAUGAAAAGUGACAUUUUAUGAAAAAGAAAAACUCCAAUUUGACUGAUGUCUGAACAUAAUGUUUUUCGAGUUGCUUCUUUGAUCACUGUUGACCUUCAUCCCAUCAGUGUAACUCCUGUGAUACUGUAUGUGGCCACAUGGGAGCAGUGUGUAAAAACACCCAGAGAUCAUCAUUGAGCCAUGAUCUUGUUUCCCACUGACUUACAGUGGACUAAAUAUGUUGUAGUGUUGACCUGUAUUUGGAUUCAGAUUUGUAUUCAGAUGUAUGACCUCAUGCCCCAGUCCCGUGCUGUAACCUGCUGACACUGUUCAUCAUUUCACUGAACUGUGUAAAGAAUUGGUUGUGAGAAUCCAGAGAGAAUCUGAGAAAAUGAUGGGAGAUUAUUGACAUUUUUCAUGACUGAAUUAUAAAAAUAUGUAUUUUUGUUUAGUUGUGAAAUUAUUUUAUUUACGAUGACCCUCUCCAGUGCAUGUAAGCCCUUUGAGAUGCAAUAAAUUCAAUGACGG